GGAACUUUUAAAGUGUUCGGACAAUUUUUAGGUAAGUAAUUAAAUAUAACUGGGUGCAUUUUUUUGUUUAAUCCCAGGAUAUUAAAUUGAAAACUUGACACUUGCUGUUAAGGUCAUGAUUAACGGGAAUGUAAUUUUAUUAAAAUAAUAAAUGACGCCGGAAAAAAUUACUAACGAUUUAGCAAUUUGUUUAUUUAGUAUUCGGACCCAGAUCAGAAAAGAGUGAGAGUUGGGUUUUUAAAAAUAUUAUUAUUAUUAUUGUUGCGUUUUUGGACAAAAAUUUGGGUAAUCUUGCAGUUCAGGUGCGUAUAUUAUUUCAUAACAAAUUUCGUGUUAUCGCAUGUAAUCUUACAUGUAUUCUUUAUAAAAUGUAUUCUGGACAGUAUUAGUUAGCCCUAAAACUAAAUUGUACAACAAUGUUAAUGUUGAAUGUUAAUCAAUAACUUUUCUUUUUAGUGAUUUUUACAGCCCCCAUUAGUACAUAGCUGAUAGCGUAAACGAUCUCUCCAUUUUCUUGGUUUUUUAAAAUUCACCCUAGAUGCCAGAUUGCAAUUUUUCAGCUGAAAGCAUAUUCAGAAAAAAUGAAACAAGAAAUACGAUUUAGGCUAUAUUAAAUUAUACCAAAACUAUUUAUUGAUGCUUAGGCUUAACUUUUCAAACUAAAAGCAUGUUCACAAAAUAAAUUAAUAUAAAAUUGACUUGUAUAUUGGCUAGUUUUAGGAAAAGUUAAAAUUAUGACUUCAUUAUUAAACUUCAGUACCGGUUUUAAAUCUCAUUUCAUUCACCCAUGCCCAUGCAGGAGCUUUUGAUUGGAAUUAUAUUUAUACACUCCAUAUAAGUAUAAGGCUAAUAAGGGGGAAAAAACAAUUUUGGGCCCCUAUAAAAAAAAAAGGAACAUCCAAUUAAGUUCAACACUCCUCCUCACCCCCAUAUUUCAUUCGGCUAAAUCCAAGGACUGCUGCCACAGCAUCUUUUGUGUGUUUAUUAUAGUUGCAGUGAAUUAGGGUUUAGGUUAGGUUGAGGGAUCGAUUUAGGAUUCAGGUUAGGUUGAGGGAUCGAUUUAGGGUUCAGGUUAGGCAUAAGGAUCGAUUUAGGGUUCAGGUUAGGCAUAGGGAUCGAUUUAGGGAUCCAUUCGUGAAAUUCGAUAGUGGCUGGCAUUGUUUACUUUUCAUUCUUUUUGUGAACAUAGCUACAAAUACUACAAUUUGAAAUUUUGUUUAGCAUACCAACUUAUACUUAUAGGUGAUCAAAAAUCUGGCAACAGGGUUAAAAAAAUAUAAACAAAUGGAGCUAUGGAAGGUUGGGGGAUGUUCAAAGACGCCUUAGAAAUAAAAUAAAACGAAAAUAAGCGAUUUAUACUUCAAUAUUAGUUAACUAUCACUGCCUGAAUUUAAUUUAAUGAAGAAUACAUGUAAGUUUACACGCGAUAGUACGAAAUUCAAUCAGAAAUAAUAUACACACCUGAACUGCAAGAUUACCAAAUUUGGUAUCAAAUGAAAUAUAAUUGAAUAGACUAUAUGUUUGUAAAAUUAAUUCGUCAGUUUAACUAAAAUAAAAUACACAAAUGACAUUGGCAUAGCCUGUGCCUUUUACUUUUAGUCUAAAGGGACCCGGGUCUGAAUGGUCCGAAUACUCGGCUCGCAGCCAAAGAUUAAAGUGUAGUAGUUACUAAGUCUUCUAAGAGUAGUAAGAGUGAGACUUUAAGUUAGUUACUAUAAAACUAUGGACAGUACUAUGUAGUAAAAUCCUAAACAUCAAAUUUUCAGUAAAUUCACAGAAGAGAUGCCAUGUUUUUUUUCCAAUGGCCGCCAUCUAGGUUGAUAAGACCAGUUAAUUCUGUCACUAAAUACUAAAUCUAAGUAAAUGUAUCCCUAAACCUAACCUGAACCCUAAAUGUAUCCCUAAACCUAACCUGAACCCUAAGUCACAGCAACUUUAACAAACACGCAAAUGACAUCGUGGCAUCCUAUCCUAGUUUUAGCCAAAUUUUCAAAUGAAAGGAGAGGAGUGUAUUAGACACUGAGAUACUCACACAGGCCCAAGCAGGUGUCCCCAGCUUCACUGGGCGGGACAUGUUGUGCAAAUGUCAGACGAUUGCUUGCCCAAAAGAAUACUCUGUAGUGAGCUCAAGCAUGGAAGGAGGUUUGCUGGUGUUUAGAAGAAACCCUUUAAAAACACCCUUAAAGUUUAAAAUUAAAGCCUCACUGAAAGCGUUCGAUAUAGACAUGGAUAAUGGGGCAUGGGAAGAAGGGACAAAAAACUGAGCAUCAUGCAUGGCACUCUCUGUAUACAAAUACGAAGGCUUCAUACAACAUGAAGCCAACAGAACAGCACCUGCAAAGCCUGGGGCAACGACUCAAUCGCAAGAAAAUUUCACACCAGAAUCGGCCUCAUAGGCCAUCUGUGCACCCAUAGCCAAGUUCACAAUUAGCACUUAUAUAAUGAUUAAGGUGGUCAUAGUCAAUUUCGACUGACUAACUAUAUUUAUAUAUAUUAUAACAUAACUAGAAACAAGUUGGCGGAAGAAAUAAUUUUUCCAAUGUAUAUAUAUUUAUGCACAUAACAUUAUCCCAAACAAUGAUAAAUGACAGGCUCAAAACACUAAUGAUACUGCAUGGCUAUAAUAUUUUCAAUCCACACUUAAUUAUUCUUUUUAGACAUAAUCAAUAGGAACACAUUUUAAAUAAAAUUAUUGUCUUAAAAUACACAGCUUUUAACACAGUUUUCUUUUGCUUAAAAAAAAACGGCUUAGCCUUAGAUUUUUUUUAUGUGAGCCAGUUCUCCAUAAAAUUCAAUUUAAAACAUAAUCACAUCAUGCUUUCUCAGUUUUGAUCCUUUAUGUAACCAUUGCUAUUAGACUUCUGACUCAAGCAUUAUAAUAAAGUUCAUGUAAACUAAAACAUAAUGGACAUGGUCAUAUUUCCAUAUAAAACUAAAACAUAAUAGAAAUAAUACAAGUUAGAUUUCACUCCACUUAUUUCUGUGCCGCAAACACAUGGAAAUGUUUUUAAAAAUCUGUCAGUGACUAAGUAAGCAAGAUUUGUUAUUGCCGCGGGUACCGCUAAAAAGAUCAAAGUUCUUUCCUUGUGUGUCUGAGAUUAUUAAGUCUCAGUUAUUUCUAUUUAUGACUGUUUUUUAAAAGUCAUUUAUUUUUAACAAUAUCUGAUUUAAAAAAUUUAAAAUUAAAAAAUUCACCAACGCCCCCUGCGUAAACAGUGGUGUACAGCAUAGCUAUAAUUAUAGUACCUAGAGACUAAGAGAGUGUAAACAUGUUAGCAGACUCAGACAACUGCACAGACAUCUCAUUCAUAGCACCCCAAAAAAAUGUAUUAGCUAUUAAAGUAUUAUGUGAAAUUGCUUGGAGAGCUAUUUAGACUAAGUAGUAGUGCCAUCACCAUUUUAACCACACACAGGCCGUCUUCCCCUUAAAUAUGACCAUGUCCAUAGAAACACACAAAAAAUCCACUAUUCACCUAAGGCCAACUUUUAAAUCAGUUUUUCAACCAUAGUAACCUGUAUCCUACUCCUAGGAAGUUAGAAACUGAAGCUCGGGAUUUCACAAACUUCUACUACGUACUACGGUAAUAAUAUUUACUAAGGCCAGAGUUAUGCAUAGCCCAAUGCACACUACACAUAUAAUAUGCCUUACACAGGGAAGGGGGGGGGGGCUUCAUUUCAUGAUCUAAAAGUUUUCUCAACAAAUCUUCUUUUGCAUGUAAAGAACAUUACUAAUGAUACAAUGUAUUUGAUUUCAGUUUGAAUUCAAUAUGGAGCCUAUAGGUUGCACUGAUGGUAUGAAAUCUGGUUUGGAAGCUUCAGAUGAUAUUUCCACUGAAGAUUUGCAUCAAAUGAAAACUAGACUUGAAGAUGAACUGCAUCACCUUUUGGUAGCCCAGUCAGCAGGUAAAAAAUACUUUCUACUUUUGAUAGCAACUUGCAUUUCAUUUCGUGCACAAAUUGAACAAAAGAAGAACUAAAGGUUUUGCUCAUGAAAAUGUGUACUAUCGUUGAACUGUUUAUUGGCAGAUAAUCUGUAAUCUUACUUUUUUUUUUACUGAGUAAUCAGAAUCAGUUGAUGUAGCAAUUUCCAUUAAUCGAAAUUCGCUCAUUGGCUAUUCGUUGCUUACAAUUAUAAAUAUACGGCAAUAACUUUUUUAUGUACCAAUAUACUUUAGUAUGGGGGCACCAGUAGAUAGGUUACACACUUAGUUUGGGCAUGUCAAAGUGGGUGUUUGCGGUUGACACGCAGAUAUGUCACACUAAAAAUCUCGGUAGUUACAUACCCCGUUUUUAACGUAAAUAUCUUAUAAUAUAAUUCCAGAGUGGAUCUUUCUUGUCCGCCCCACACUCAUUGUGCUCCAUGCUGUGCUCUCGUUUGCUGCUCCCCCCACCCCCACCCCAUAGUACGGUUAAUCACAUAUGCAUCAAAUGCACACCAAAGAACUAUAUGUUUAUGUCAUUGAGUUUCAAACAGAGGCGUAGCUAGAGUGUUUGGCACCCGGGGACAAGAUUUGCGCCUGGGGACAAGAUUCAUUUCAAAGCGCCCCCUUUUCUUUUUUUUAACUCUCAAACCCUUUGUUUUUAUCAAUAAAAUAAUAUCAUCACAUUUUGGCGCCCCUAACUAGUAUGAAAUCAUUUAACUAACACUGAGAGGGUAUCAAAAUAAUGUAGGUACAUAUUUUGUAUUUUAUCUUUAUCUCUUACUUCAUGGAAUAAUAUUUCUGUAAAGAAACUAUAGGUCUGUUUACAUAUUCUCUUUGCAAAUAUAGCUCAUCAAGAAAGUAGUCCUUGUAGCAUUGAAGAACUCACUAGUAGGUGAGUAAUUCAGCUGGGAAAUUUUAUCCAUGCUUUUAAAAAUGAAAAAAAAAAAUCUUUUUUGGAUAUAAAAAUUAUUUCAGAUUAUAAGAUAAGAUAAUAUUCUUUAUUAUCCAAAUAAAUUGAAAUGUUUUUAUCAUUAUAUGGUACAUAUUCAUUUUCAGCACAUAAAUAAUUAUUUAACCAAGACAACAAUUUUCAAGUUCAACUAUAACAAUUUAAAGAGAAGACAUCUAAAGUAUUUCUCUAGCAGUCUAGCAUAGAUUUUCAGCCAUAAAUGAACUUCUUCAGUGAAAAUAAUGACUAAAUUAGUGAUCAUUUGAUGUUUAACGUGUUUUAUAAGUUAAAUUCUCCAACAAAUGCUUACAAAAUAUAUCGGGGAAAUAAACUAAGCCCAUAACAAGGCAAUCUUUUUUAAAUGGAUUUUCAGAACUGCCAACCUGAUGCAAAAAUUUGCAGUAGAGUCCAACACUUUUUCUAGAAAUGAACUUUUAGUCAAAAGGUGAGUCUUGCUGCAGAUAUGCUACUAUUUGACAUAUGAUUACAGUAUAUAUUCUUCAAAUUUAAAAAGUAGAGAGGUUUAAUUAAAUAAGAAGGCUUUUUUUUUCUUCUUUUUUUUACUUUGUUUCAAUUUCAAUCUAACUUUAUUUGAUAUUAUCAAAUCUUUGAUAGAAUACAGUUUGGAAAAUUGCUGUGUGCAGAAAUUUUCAACAGAGACAGUGACAGCAAUGGACAUCUUCAAGGAAUGUAAGGAGAUAAUGAAUCUUAUAUUUGAUAGACAGAAGGAGUCCCAAUAACUGAUGCUGGUUUAAAGUGUAUUUAAUCAAAUAAUGAGCAUUUAAAGCUUUUUCACGUAGCAGAACUAUGAUGCAGGGAACAUUUAAAACUUUCUCACAUAGCAGAACUAUGAUGCAGGGAACAUUUAAAACUUUCUCACAUAGCAGAACUAUGAUGCAGGGAACAUUUAAAACUUUCUCACAUAGCAGAACUAUAAUGCAGGGAACAUUUAAACUUUAAAAAAAACAACGGUAGGCCACCCCUGAUUAAUGUGAGAUCUCUCUUUCUCAGCUUCACCCCCACUGUUUUUAAUUGUACAUAAUUUUAAUGAACUAGUUUCAAUAUUUCCAUUUUAAGUAUGUGAGGUAGUGUUCCCAGUUAACAGAUUGUACACCAUUAUUAAGUAAUUUAUUUUAUCCUUCCUAGUUUAAAGAAAACCCAUGCUGCAACAGAAAUUAUAAGAAUUCACAAGGUAAGUGUCAAGAUUUAUUUCCUUCUACCUCUUUUAAAAAAUGAAAUGUAGGCCUACCGUUAAUGUAAUUGGUAAAAAUUGUAACUUUUUCUAGUGCUUCUGUUAUGGUUGUCUGCAGGAUUAGAUUUCUGGUAACCAGAUCCUUCCACCUCUGUUGUUUUCCACUUUUCAUCUUUAUGAUGUGUUCUUCACUUUUCAUCUCUAUUGUUCUGUACAUCUAUCUCUAUUGUUCUGUACAUCUAUCUCUAUUGUUCUCCACCUUCCAUCUUUAUUGUUCUGUACCUUUACUCUUUCUUUCUCCUGCAGUUUUGUUUUCUUUCAUCUUUCCAAACACUAUUGCAAGCAACGUAGACCUUGCUACCUGCUUUCUUGUUCACUAUUGCAAGCUACUUUGACCUUGCUCCCUGAUUUCUUGUUCACUAUUGCAAGCUACUUUUACCUUGCUACCUGAUUUCUCGACCUUUAUCUCUAGGUACUUUAACUUUUUCCCAUACUCCAGUGGGGUACUGUCCCUUUGUCAUGUAAUCUAAUAAGUAGCAUUAUUUCUCCUCAUCUGCAUAGUCUUGAUGUUGAAUAUUGGGAAAAUAUUGAUCUGACAUUAUAAUUACUUGAUGUUUUAUAAAUAUGCAAGCUUCAUGUCUUUGUAAAAACAGUUUAUUCUAUUCCUCAGGAAAUCUGUGAAAAUCAAGAAAAAUUGGAGGCGCAGAAGUUGGAGAACUUAGGUCAGUUUACUCACAUGCCUUAGCCUAGGGAUGACCACUUAUAAAACUUAGCCUAAGGAUGACCACUUAUAUAACUUAGCCUAGGGAUGUCCACUAAUAUAACUUAACCCUAAGGAUGACCACUUAUAUAAUUUAGCCUGGGGAUGACCACUUAUAUAACUUAGCCUAAGGAUGACCACUUAUAUAACUUAGCCUGGUUAUGUCAAUCUAUAUAACUUAGCCUGGUGAUGUUAAUCUAUAAAACUUAGCCUGGUGGUGUCAAUCUAUAUAACUUAGCCUGGUGGUGUCAAUCUAUAUAACUUAGCCUGGUGGUGUCAAUCUAUAUAACUUAGCCUGGUGGUGUCAAUCUAUAUAACUUAGCCUGGUGGGGUGGUGUCAAUCUAUAAAACUUAGCCUGGUGGUGUCAAUCUAUAUAACUUAGCCUGGUGGUGUCAAUCUAUAUAACUUAGCCGGGAGAUGUAAACCUAUAUAACUUAGCCUGGUGGGUCAACCUAUAUAACUUAGCCUGAUGAUGUCAACCUAUGUACCUUAGCCUGGUGCUGUUAAUCUACAUACCAUAGCCUAGUGAUGUCAACCAAUAUCUAUAUAACUCCGCUAGUUGAUGUUGACUCACAGGACUAAUCUUGCUAAUGUUUACCUAUUUUUUGGCCAUGAUGAGUUUAACCUAUUUAACUACCCUUGUUGAUGUUGACCUAUUAAAUAAUCUUGAUGAGGUUGACCUUGUUAACUAGCCUUGUUGAGGAUGACCUAUUUAGCCUUGGUGAGGUUUUUGGCUGGAGAAGGGGGUUGAAUUUUUUUCCCCUGGCCUGAACUUUUCUGCUGGUGGAUCUGAUUACAAGAGUAAUAGGUUAUUGUAGCAGGUUAGGGAGAAAGUUAGAAUAUUAUCCAACCUGGCAAUGCUCGAUUUUUUCCUUUUUAACCUUCCGGCGUGCUGGUUCUUUUCACAAAGAGACCGGGCGCGAUGGAUCAAUUUGAUAUUGCUAAUGAGUGACUGGUUAAAUUAUUUUAUUUUAGUGAAAAUUUGUCUAAUAAUUAUUUUUUUAAGUUCUUUAACCAACAUAAAAUAUAAAAUUAUCCCCAAUAAUUAUUUUUUUGAAUUUCCUCUAUUCACUUGAUAUUCUUAAAAUCAAACAUUUUCUACCACCUGCCAUUUUAGACAGCCGAAGUAACCUGAAGUAUAUAAGGAUCAGUACAGAUAUCUUGUUUUGGCAUAAUAUAUCAAUCUGAUUUUUACUAUUUAAUAAUAAAAUAAUGUAUCAGUAAGUAUACUAAUAUGAAAAAGUAACUUCCCAGAGCAGACAAAUAAUAGCAUUGUCAAACUUCAAAAAAGGUAACGUGCAAAGGCGUGGUGUAUCAAUUCGAAAUACACACUGAAAGCGCUUACUACACACACAACGGCCUUGGCCUGAAAAGUACAGCUCGCUGUCAUCUCUCAUUAAUGUGCGCGAAACAAAAACGGUUGUAUCAAUCUGAUCAAGCGCGCCCGAUGGAAGGUUAAAAGUAUUUAAAUCUCACAAUACUUAUUUUUAAAAAACCGUUCAAUGGUGUUUUGUUUGUAACUGUCAAAAUUAAUCUUUGACUGAUAAAUCUGUUUAAGAUGUUAGUUAGAUGUAAUAGGUUUGUGCAUUUGGUUAUAAAUGAGAAGAGAUACAAAAUGAAAAGUGCAUGUAACAAGUCCAACAGGAAAUAGUCAUGUCAUUAGCAUUGCAUUUCUUUUCCUUUAUUUUUGACAGUCUUUGUGUCUGACUUUUUGCAGAGCUAAGAAAAGAAAACUUAAGUUUAAUGGAGCAAAUUAAAAACUGGAAAGAUCUACAUAAUAAUGUACCAGCUGAAGUAGCCAGUAGCAGAGAGUAUCAAAAGUAAGUAUAAAACAUAAAACAGUGGCUGAGAAUAUGGACAAUAAUUUCAGCGUAUACUAAAGACAACAGUUGCUCUCAUGACAUACACACAAGUUUUCAUUCCAUCACCAUCAGCAGAUCCUGUUGAAAUUUGAACUCGUACUCCCACGUCCGCUAGUCAUCAUGAUACAAAAUACCUUGACAUUGAGAACAUUUAAGAUUUAUGAAGAUUUAUUGGUCCAUGCUAAAGUUUUUUGGCUGUUAAAUUGCAAGAGUAAUGUUUGUUUUCGUUAGCUAUUAGCAGUGUAGUGGAGUUUUUGGCUGCACAAAUUCUUCUCUCAGUAGUGACCUCAAAGAAGUCAGGCAUGCUGUUUCUGUUUGUCUGAAAUAUUUUUCAAAUUCAAUCAAAUAAAUUUAAAUUUGCAAUGGAAAGAGUUUAAAGUCCUAAAAUCCAAAUGUAUGUUUUCAUCUUUGGUAUUAAAGUUAAAUCAUCUUGGUAACUACUGAUGGUGCACCUGUCAUGGUUGGAUCUACCAAGGGACUUUCGCAGCCGCUCAUUGACCAUUGCCCCUCUGUCGGCUGUGCGCAGGAAAUACGCAAGGUGCAUCGCAUUAGUCACCAAGAGUCAUUGUAUGCCUAGGUGGCAGGCAUGUAGGAUAUUAUGUCUGUUGUCAUGAAGUUAGUGAAAGCAGUGCCUCCCUGUUCUCUCAACCAACGCAUCUUCAAGCACAUGUGCGCUGUGUCAGUAGUGGCAACAUCUUGAAGCAUGUCUUUGUCCUACAGCACCAGAUCGUUUCUUUUAUCAGUGAUAGGGCUUUCAAAAGUUCUCUGGCGAGGGUUGGCUCUGUUUGUUUGGUUUCCUUAUAACAAGGACUCCGCUCCUUAUAAAAACAUUUAGAAUAUCAGCCAAUAUAAAUGAUAAAUAGGACACGUGAUGUGUGGCUUGGCCAAAUUUAGAAAGAACUCUUCUGUUUCAUAAUUGGAGGUACCACUUACAGUAUCAACAUUGCAGCAGCACAUUUUUAAAAAAAAACAUUUGAGCAUAAGUUAAAUGUAUCAAAACGGUUUAAGUGUCAACAUGUAAUAGCCCAGGAAAAAAUGGUUUUUACUAUUUUCUUCUUGCAAAGAUUUUCAAGGGAGUACUAUGCAAUAAACUAUCUCAAUCUCUGAGUACCAUGCAAUAAACUAUCUCAUCUCUGAGUACCAUGCUAUAAACUAUCUCAAUCUUUUAGUACCAUGCCAUUAACUAUCUCAAUCUCUGACUUUCAGAUUGAAGAAGGAUCUUGAAAUGAGGACCAUGGCGGUGACCAUCAACAAGUCCAUCAUCAAACAUUUGAUCCUAGGAAUGGGAGUAGACUGGAGUGAAGACCCUGAGCUUUGUCAACUGUUGUUAGAGUCCAGUGGACCUCUUCAGUGAUGAGCUACACAUGCGAUGACAAGAGGUGAUAUCCUCCAAGCUGAAACAAUCCCCUCAGAUGACAACAACACAAUCAACUUUCAUGUCCAAACAUACUCUUUGUUCACAAACAAUGUACUGAAGUUUGUUGACAUUGUUUCAAGACAUGCAUCUAUAGAUACGAGUCAGCGUACAUUAACGUUAUUUUAUUUGACAUUGUUCCAAGAUUGUGAUUCGGUCUAGACACUGCAUUAAGUACUGUGCCAUAUUUUAAUGUUAUAGAUAUAUUAAGAAUAUGUUUUAGGACCAUAUUGCUGGUGACGUCUGUGUGAGUUUACCAAAACUGUUGCGUUUCAUUACUGCUUUGAACAAAACUUUAUGAGUUGGAACUAGGGGCUAAAGCAAAUUGUCUUGCAAUUGUAUGGCAUUCAUUUCUCUAUCAGUUUCAAUAAAAAACGGAAUCAAAUCUGAUUCAAACCUAAAACUAAAUAUUCACUUGGCUGCUCUCACUGUCACUACUUUCUGCAUGGGGUGCCCAUCAACUCAAUGGUCUUUUGUUUAAGCAUGGGGGCCCAUGAAGCCAUGAACUAAAUGUUCUUUGUUUCAGCUCAGUUGGAUAUCAGGAAGUGGGUCAAAAUUGAGUUGCAAGAUAUGACAGCACAACCUAACAGACCAAGCAAACUGAGAAGAGAAAAAAAAGUCAUCAACAUCACCGUAUUUCAUGGGCGCCACAUGCUUUUUAUAAUCUUUUAUUGCUUUUCUUUGUUGGUGGCUGGCUGACAAUCAAAAUCUUGGUGCCGUUGCAAGCCUUGAGGAGGGGAGCACUAAUUGGGAUUCUUAUAAAGGGCGAUACUUGUUGACAUGUUUUGUCAAAGUUUCAGCCUCACCCCCGCAUUGCUCGAUGUUACAUUUUAUAAAGGAUUGAUACAAAAUAAUUGUUUUCAGGGGUUGUUGAAUUUGUCCGAUGACUGUAACAACUCAAGUUUUAUGGGCCAUUUCUUUUAAACAUUUUUAUUAAAUUUUUGGAAAAGUGCGUCUUUUAAAAAGAAUUUAUUAUAUUGUGUUCUUGUGUACUUUUUAGUUAAAGUGUAUAAAGUUUCAGCUCAUUGGAGAUAAGGAAGUGGGUCAAAGUUGAUACGCAAGAUUUGACCUGCAGAGGCAACUCAAGGUUCAUUGGAGGUAACUUGUGACCCACUGAUCAUGAUGGGUUGUAUUUCUUAGGUUUGGGUGGGGAUGUAAGUGUAAAAAGUUUUAGCUCAACUAAAGAUCAAGAAGUGGGUCUAUGUUGAGCUGCAUUGACACAGACAUAAGCAGACUAAAUCGCAAGCUAAAAAAAAAAAUGUAAAAAAAAAAAGUUUUUUUAAAAUUUUAUGUGCUAUGUAUG